AUGGCUCCCAAAGCCGCCUCCGCUCCCAAGAAGGCCUCUGGCCACGCCAGCUACCAGGACAUGAUCACUGAUGCUAUUGUCAACCUCAAGGACCGAAAGGGCUCUAGCCGUCAAUCUUUGAAGAAGUAUGUCAAGGCUAACAAUGCCCUCAAUGUCACCGACAACAUGUUCGACUCUCUCUUCAACAAGGCAUUGAAGGCCGGUGUCGAUAAGGGUGCCUUCGAGCAGCCAAAGGGUCCUUCCGGUGGUACCAAGCUCGCCAAGAAGCAACCCGAGGCCAAGAAGCCCGCUGCCCCCAAGAAGCCCGCUGCCGAGAAGAAGGAGGCCGCUGAGAAGCCUGCCGCCAAGAAGCCUGCUGCUAAGAAGGCCGCCGCCCCCAAGAAGGCCGCCACUGAGAAGAAGGCUGCUGCCCCCAAGAAGGCCGCCGCUGAGAAGAAGACUGUCGAGAAGAAGACCGCCGAGAAGGCCGAGAAGGCUGAGAAGACAGAGAAGGCUGCUCCUGCCAAGAAGGCCGCCGCACCCAAGAAGGCUGCCGCACCUAAGAAGACUGCCGACAAGGCCGAGAAGCCCGAGACUGCUCUCACCAAGACAAAGGCCGGUCGCGUCACAAAGACCACCAAGGCUGCCCCCGCGAAGAAGGCUGCUGCACCUAAGAAGGCAGCAGCUCCCAAGAAGGCCGCUGCUACUAAGGCGUAA